UUGCGCAGAGCUAACUGCGUUCCCGCAAUCACCACAACCUCUAGGGUAACCAAUUGCUAUCACAAUGGCUUCCAGACGUGCAAUUCAGACCUUGACUCUACGGUCUUCAUACUCACUACUCCGAUCACAAUGCACUGCACCCCGGCGAGCAACCCCCUCCAUCGUUGCAGCUCGGAAUGGGUUCGCCAGACCCUCAGUCGCAACGGCAGCGGGACAACAGCAGCGAUGGCACUCUGGCUUCCCCAGCGACAAGAGAAGCAAGAUGUAUGAGUUCGAAGACAUCAAACAACUAAUCGAGAACCCGAACGAAAACACGCUGCUGGUCGACGUGCGGGAGCCCAGCGAGUUCGACGCCAACUCGAUCCCGACCGCGCUCAACAUCCCCAUCGCCUCGCAGCCGGACUCGUUGCUGCUGCCCGCAGAGGAGUUCGAGGACCGCUACGGCUUCGCGAAGCCCCCGCUCGACAAGGAGAUCGUGUUCUUCUGCAAGGCGGGCGUGCGGAGCAGCGCGGCGGCGCAGAUCGCGAAGCAGGGUGGGUAUCUGAAUGUGGGAGAGUACCGGGGCAGCUGGUUGGAUUGGGAGAAGAGGGGUGGGGUUGGGACGAGGACGGGGCCGCCUGAGUAGUGGGUGAGGAUGCUGCUGCGACGAUGGAGGAGAGAAGAGGGAAGAGAGAUCAAAGAAUGAUAUGGCAUGAGGGAAUUGGGGAGAGGAGGAGAGACGAUGUUGGGGGGGAUGUAGGAUGGAUCAGGUAGUGGGGCUAUGGAGACGGUAGCACUGGCUUUAUGUGUGAGAGACACUUUCUGGGUGGCUUUUUGUGUUUCGUUGUCAAGGCGAUAACUAGGUGGUGGCAGGCAUAUAUGGCUCAGGGGCUUGUAUGAAUUGUACGAAUCUAUACGGUUUUUUUCAUGUGGAUGAUUCUGGGGUGACAGGACUGGGCAGCAUAUGUCGCGCAACAUCAAGUGAGCUAGGUGCAUGCUGAGGGAAUUAACAGUGACUGUCAAGCCAUGGCGAUCUAGAUCUACGCGGUUCAGCAAUGGCGAAAGUUCGCCGGUUCCAUAGACCACAAGAUAGUUGAGAAUGUAGGGG